GGUCGCGGCGGCCCUGCAGGCACCGUGACGGUCGAGCUCGGGGGGUUGGCCCAUAGCGGCUGCUUCCCGAGAAGCGAAGCCAAACACUUUUUCCAGCCAGAACUAGGGGAGUAUUGAAGUUUUGGAUCCGUCCUAUCUCAGAUCCCUGCCCCCUGCCCAGGGAGGGGAAACUGAGGCCCGCUGACGCGAAGCGGCCCUUUUGGAUCGUGGAGCCGUGGGGUGACAACCUGGACACCCUAAUUCUGUGUCCAAAGCCCUUCCGCUCUCCCUAGCUCUUCCUCUCGUUGAGCCUCAGAGCUCUCAAGCGCUUCGUUAGUGAAGGAACACUUCUGCAGGGCAAAAGCGAGGUCGCCCCCUUUCCCGUCUCCCGUUUCCAGCUUCUGUUGUUUUAAGGACUCGGUGAGAAUUUGGAUGGCUUGGGGCCAGGCUGUGAUUCCCUCACUUUGCGCUUUGAGUCUGUUCGAUGCUGUGCCCGGUCAGCACUUCAUCCAUGGGCAUGCUCCCAAAACAAGUGAAAAUUGUGGAAGUUGGUCCCCGAGAUGGUCUACAAAAUGAAAAGAAUGUGGUGCCUACUUCAGUGAAAAUCAAGCUGAUAGACAUGCUUUCAGAAGCAGGACUUCCUGUUAUAGAAGCCACCAGCUUUGUGUCUCCCAAGUGGGUUCCCCAGAUGGCUGACCACACCGAAGUUUUAAAGGGGAUUCAGAAGUUUCCCGGCAUCAACUACCCAGUCCUGACCCCAAAUCUGAAAGGCUUUGAAGCAGCGGUGGCUGCUGGCGCCAAGGAAGUGAGUGUCUUCGGAGCUGCCUCGGAGCUGUUCUCCAAGAAGAACAUCAACUGCUCCAUAGAGGAGAGCUUCCAGCGCAUGGGCGGGGUCCUGGAGGCCGCACGGGCUGCGGGGAUUCCUGUGCGGGGGUAUGUCUCCUGCGUGCUUGGAUGUCCCUACGAAGGGAAGAUCUCCCCGGCCAAAGUAGCUGAGGUCUCCAAGAAGUUGUACUCGAUGGGCUGCUACGAGAUCUCCCUGGGGGACACGAUUGGCGUGGGCACCCCAGGGCUCAUGAAAGACAUGCUGUCGGCUGUCAUGCAUGAAGUGCCCGUGGCUGCCCUGGCUGUCCACUGCCAUGACACCUACGGCCAAGCCCUGGCCAACACCCUGAUGGCUCUGCAGAUGGGCGUGAGUGUUGUGGACGCCUCUGUGGCAGGACUUGGAGGCUGUCCCUAUGCACAGGGGGCAUCAGGGAACCUGGCCACUGAGGACCUGGUCUACAUGCUGAGCGGUUUGGGGAUUCAUACGGGUGUGAAUCUCCAGAAGCUCCUGGAAGCUGGGGACUUCAUCUGUCAAGUCCUGAACAGGAAAACCAGCUCCAAAGUGGCACAAGCUAGCUGUAGACUCUGAGCCCCUUGCCUGCCUGGAGCCCACAGAUUGCACGGGGAUAGGGGUGCACACGGAUGACUCCUGGAUGGGGAAAUGGAAGCAAGAUGGCAACGCAAGGCACGGGCAGCUCCGGCCCACCCUGCCAGGCUGUCCUGGCCAAGAGGAGAGGGCGGGACCCUUCCGGUCAGCCCUGUGGGAGUGGGAGUGUGCGGCCUCAGGGGCUGGGAGUCGCCCUUUACUGCAGACCUGGUGACCCUUGAGUUGGGUGCUUGAGGCUCUUGGGAACCUGCGUGCAAGGAUCAUGGUCAUUAAGUCUCAUUCUGGGUGACCUCUGUGCAGCCCCACCCUGCCAGCGCUGAGGGCCAUUACUGUCCUCUUAAGGCAGAGGGUGUGGAGCAGUGGCUCUAAACUGGCAGCGUCUGCCAUCUCCUGGUGAGGCUGGUCUUCUGUGGUGGCCGUUCGCCAACCGCAGCAUCAAUGGAAAAUCUACUUAGAACAUGAUUUUUGAAAACAGCUGAUGUAAUUAAAGAUUUAAUUUUCCAGUAUCUGGCUGUGCAAAUGUGUGUAUGCGAACAGGAAUAAAAUCCCUAUCGCUCUGC